AUGCCACAUCCCGAUGUUUUGGGGGUUAGAUAUGGCAACUGGAAAAUCAUACAAGCUGUUCCCAGAACGGCAAGAUUCAAGAAAAAGACAAAGAAAAGAAGAAAGCAUUCUGAACCAGGGGGCUCUAUACUGCUCUGGCGGCAGAUGAGGGUUAGCGGGAUCGCAAAUAAGACGCUCCUUCGUUUCUCCACUACCGCUAGGCACGGUGGCAGCGGCUCGAAAUUCGGCCCUGGCCAGGACUCUCCAAAAGACACUGCUGAGACAGAAAAGCCCGAAGUGGCCCCAGCGCCUUCCAAAAAACCUCGAAGCCCCUACGGCUCCGCUGUUCGUCGCGCGAUAAGGAAUAGAAAACCUCGAGAACGGACACAUAGCGUUGCUGUCGUUCCGGAAUGGUUCCAUGAGCGAAACGUUAUAGCUCAAGAUACCGCGGUUCAGAUUGCCAUACCGACAGGCCACGACGUAGAACUAGAGCCAUUGUCUCAUGAUCUAGAGGAAGGUGUGAACAAGGUUGCUCAAGGCGGUAACGGUGGUGAGAAUGGAGGCUCCGGAGGGCCGCCUACCUCUAGUCCUCGUUAUCGCCUCGCGCAAGCGGUUUGGGACGAGCUGUGCGCAUCCGCUAGGGCAGGGCUUAAUUUACCAGUGUCUCGAUACAUCGAUGAGCGGUCAGCGACAAAGUCGCAUUUAGUCCUGCAGUAUCCUGGAGAAGGAGGGAUUUUGUUUCUCGACGCUGUUGUCAAAAAGCUAGCGGCAAAUCUCAAGACCCAUCUAGUAACUUUAAAUGCGCAAGAUAUUGCUGAACUCUACGCCGACCAGGAUCAAGCGGAGCACGGUACCCCUAGUUCUAUUGCAACUAUGGGGUAUGAAGUUUAUCAAGCAAAGAGGACUUCUAACCUGAAGGAGCUUGAGGAAGAUAUGGAGGAGGGAGAGGAGGAUGAAAACGAAGAGGAGGAUCCUGAUAUGAUACCCAGCCGAAGACAAGAACGUGAGUUCUCGGUUACCCGGACAAUUCCUUUGACAGGCAUUCGUGACACGGACUUGAUCCAAAGUCUUUUAGGCGGUCGGGCAUCAGUAGGUAUGGCUAAGGUGAUUAUUCCACGUUCUCAGCGCCAAGAUUUGGAGUCCAGAGAAGAGCUCAGAUGUCUGCGUAUUGCAAAUGAACUCCUCUCCAUCCCCCACAAACAUCAACAUAAACAACCUCACACAUCGGGCGACCAGAAGCCAUCUGAGUCGGUUCUCGAACCGGCCCCCAAGCCAAUCCCCGACCAGUCCCAGCCUCCUACACUCCGACCUGAUCUUAUCGUUCAAGUUCAAGACUACAAUGAUAUUCAAGACACUCGCAGCGGAUCCAUAUUCCUUACACUUCUUCAUAGAGCGGUCCAGUCCAAGAGACGGGAAGGACAAAGGGUUAUAAUCAUCGGCACUGUAUCCGGAAAGAAACCGGAAUAUCCUCUGGGGAAGUCUUAUCCAAAGCUUGUACAGAGAGAUUUCAACGACCAGUUUGCCAGGACAAUUGUGGUUACCCCUGCAAUGAACCCACAAGUGGUCGAAAAAGUGUUUUCAGAAGACCUUAAGCGAAGAACUCUUGAGAUCAACGUACGUCAUCUGCAGAAUAUGCUGAGGGUUAGAUUAAACGAUCCGCACCUAGCAGACGCAAGCCUCCUCCGCGGUCCAGCCUGGCCUGUGGACAUUGGUGCCCUCGAAAACGCCGGUCUUGAUGAUGGAUAUUGGUCCUUUGACCGUGUCCACCGUGUUGUUUCGCUUGCGCUUGGUGGCGUAAAGGGACCCGGAAAGCUCGACCUUCAUCACAUACAACGUAGUGUCGAUCUUGUGGAAAAAAGUGAUCGCGCAAAGGGAGACUGGCUCGCGGAGAGGUAUCCUAAGGUGAAACCUCCGCAAACAGAAUCGGAACGAGAAAGUCGCUUGAGACAAUUACGGAAAACAUGUAACACUCAUGAAAGAAAGUUGCUCAACGGUGUUGUCGAUGCUGAGAGUAUCCGCACAACAUUCGACGACGUACACGCUCCUCCUGAUACAAUCGAGGCUCUUAAAACCCUCACUUCUCUCUCGCUGAUUAGACCCGAUGCGUUUACUUAUGGUGUCCUUUCUACCGAUAAAAUCCCUGGCUUGCUACUCUAUGGCCCUCCGGGAACAGGAAAAACGAUGUUAGCCAAAGCUGUCGCCCGACAAAGUGGCGCCACUGUGCUCGAAGUGAGUGGCUCUGAAGUAUAUGACAUGUAUGUCGGAGAAGGGGAGAAAAAUGUGAAAGCCAUCUUCACAUUGGCCAAGAAGCUCAGCCCUUGCGUCGUUUUCAUUGACGAAGCAGACGCCAUCUUUGGUUCGCGAGUUGCAGCCAGCACUCGCACGACUCAUCGAGAAUUAAUAAACCAAUUCCUGCGAGAGUGGGAUGGCAUGAACGAGCUCUCCGCCUUCAUCAUGGUAGCCACAAAUCGUCCGUUCGAUCUUGACGAUGCCGUUCUCCGACGACUCCCCCGACGCCUCCUAGUAGACCUGCCCACCGAGCAAGACCGUUUAGCAAUCCUUAAGAUCCAUCUCAAGGAAGAGCAAGUGGACUCGUCAGUGGAUCUAGUGGAGCUAGCUAGCCGAACGCCUCUCUACUCGGGCUCAGACCUGAAAAACAUGUGCGUUGCAGCAGCUCUAGCAUGCGUUAGAGGGGAAAAUGAGCUCGCCGCUCAGCAUACAGGCGAAGAACCGUACAGGUAUCCUGAACGACGAACCCUCACCAAGGCUCAUUUUGAACGCGCCUUGGAGGAGAUCAGUGCGUCAAUAAGUGAGGAUAUGUCGUCUCUCUCCGCUAUAAAGAAGUUCGACGAGAAAUACGGAGAUCGCAAGGGGCGACGCAAGAAAAGUUCGGGGUGGGGAUUUGCCGCUCCUAGCGAAGCGCAGAAGAACACGGAGACUGGGAGGGUGAGGAACUAA